AUGACCUCCGCCUUCAAUCUUCACCCUUAUCCUUGUAACUCAGAAACUCACAUCAGCAUAACUCCAACCCCGACAUUAACUCUGCAUCACUCUCCAUUACUGCACAUCUUCAACCUGCACCAACUUCAAGCCUCUUCACUGAACCGGGUCGACUUUCAUUACAACCCCAUCGAAUCCACGGCUUUAUCAUCAUCACCUACUACUACAAAUCUUUAUUAUCAAUCUACUUGUUGUAGCUUCAAACAAGAACUCUACAUCAUCUUCAACUUGCACUGCAACAGCAUUAAUGCGCCAACGGAUCACAUCAUCAUCAAUGAAAUCGUGAAACCAAAUUUGAGAAUCCCCAGUGGAGGAGUUGAAUCGAAGAAAAUGGUGGAGGUGAAUCGGUGUUACGAACCAAAUAAGUUGAAUCGACAGUAUGAACCAAGAACAAAGUGGCGCGUGAUAGAAAUUUGA